CCAAAAACAUUAAGUUAAUCCCAUUUUGCUUCUGGCCAAAAAGAGAAAAAAAAAAUCCCCAUUUUGCCAGAAACAAAGAGCUUGUCAAGAAAGCUCCAAGAUAUCAACAAUGGCAGUUGAAACAAGCUCUGCAACUCCAUCUCCAAUCAAAACAGUGGUUGUUUUGGUUCAAGAGAACCGUUCCUUUGACCACAUGUUAGGCUGGUUCAAAACUAUAAACCCAGAAAUCGGCGGUGUGACAGGCUCCGAAUCCAACCCCAUUUCCACCUCCGACCCCAACUCCACCCAAAUCACCUUCAAGGACACCGCCGGCUACGUUGAUCCCGACCCCGACCACUCUUUCCAAGCCAUAUACGAACAAGUAUCCGGCAAAACGUGGGAUACCAACAACCCGGAUCCGAACCCGGAGAUAAAAAUGAACGGUUUUGUACAAAAUGCUGAACGUACAACUCCGGGGCUGUCGGAGACCGUAAUGAAUGGGUUUAAACCGGAGGCUGUGCCAGUGUUUAAGCAGUUAGUGACGGAGUUCGCAGUGUGUGAUCGAUGGUUUGCGUCGUUGCCGGCGUCGACGCAGCCUAACAGGCUUUACGUACACUCAGCGACGUCGCAUGGUGCCAUGAGCAACAACACACAACAGCUUAUCGAAGGAUUUCCUCAAAAAACUAUAUUUGAAUCAUUGGAAGAGAAUGGAUAUAGCUUUGGGAUUUAUUAUCAAUCUUUUCCAUCUACGCUUUUUUACAGGAAGCUUAGGCACUUGAAAUAUGUGGACAAUUUCCAUCAAUACGAUCUAAGCUUCAAGCGUCACUGUAAGGAUGGGAAGCUACCAAAUUAUGUGGUGAUUGAGCCCAGAUAUUUUGACAUUUUAACAGCUGCUGCAAACGACGACCACCCUUCCCAUGACGUCUCAGAGGGCCAGAAGCUUGUGAAGGAAAUCUAUGAAGCGCUCAGAUCAAGUCCUCAAUGGAAUGAAAUCUUGUUCCUGGUCAUAUAUGAUGAACAUGGUGGUUUCUAUGACCAUGUUCCGACACCAACCGGAGUCCCUAGCCCCGAUGAUAUUGUCGGUCCUGAGCCUUAUAACUUCAAGUUUGAUCGUCUUGGUUGCAGGGUUCCUGCCAUUAUGGUUUCCCCUUGGAUUGAGCCUGAAACAGUGUUGCAUAGGCCAUCAGGGCCAGAUCCUACAUCAGAGUUCGAGCAUUCCUCCAUUGCAGCAACACUUAAGAAGAUUUUCAAUCUCAAAGAAUUUCUAACAAAGCGUGAUGCGUGGGCUGGUUCCUUUGAUAUUGUUGUCAAUCGAAGCACCCCAAGAACGGACUGUCCAGAAAAACUGGCAGAGCCAGUGAAAAUGAGAGACACUGAUGCCAAAGAAACAGCAAAACUAAGCGAUUUUCAAGAAGAGCUAGUGCAAGCAGCAGCAGCAUUGAAAGGAGAUCCAUUCAAUCUUGUCGAAAACAUGACAGUCUCAUCUGGUCUCAAGUACGUUGAAGAUGCCUUCAAAAAAUUCUAUGAUGACGGCCAGAAAGCUAAGGAAAUUAAUGAAGUUGAAGAUACUGUUUCAGCUGAUGCAUCAACUAGGAGGACAACAGCUUCCAAAACUUUCAUGCAAAAAGUUUUCUCCUGUUUGGUUUGUGAUCGUUGAUCUACAAAAACAUGAUCAUCAAUUAUCUGCCAAGCUUCCAUCAAUCCUUUUUUCCCUAUAUGUUUGCAAUUUGAAGAGAUUUGGGGUUUGAAAAGUUAGCAUGCGUAGCUACUUUGACGAGACAAGUUUGUGAGAAUCGUGUCAUGUUACCGCAUUUUAAAUUUGAUUGACUUUCUUUUUUCGCA